AAUUUCUUUAUUACCUUUUAAAUAAUUGUUAUGGAGGACACUCAGGAAAGUGUUACUGAUCCUCAAACAGAAAAUCAACCUGAAGUUUUGAAUGAAGAUGAAAAAGUAUCGCGGAAAAGAAAACUAGUACUAUUUCUAAGUGUUCAUUGGCGCGGUAUAGUUUGCUUGGUCACUCCUUUAAUAUUUAUCGCCGUGCUUGCACCAUUUCCUCCAAAGAAGUAUCAAUGGUGUGCAUACACCCUUCUUAUAAUGGCUGUCUUCUGGGUAACCGAAUGCAUUCCCUUACCUAUAACAUCGUUUCUACCUAUAGUGAUAUUUCCUAUGACUGAUGUAAUGGACACACGUACGACAUGUAUGUGUUACAUGAAUGAUACUAUUCUUAUGUUUUACGGGAGCAUGGUGCUUGCAUAUGCCGUGGAGCAAUCAGGAUUGCAUAAAAGACUAGCACUCUCUGCUAUAAGACUAAUCGGUUACUCUCACUACAGGUUGUUGUUAGCAAUGUCACUUACAACGAUGUUCGUAUCAAUGUGGAUCACUAACACUGCCGCAACUACUAUGAUGGUGCCUAUAAUAUUCGCUUUGUUAAAAGUGUUUGAAGAUCUCGACUUGAUAUCUACUUUCGAGGAAGACAGUAAUGGUGACUUAACAGCUUCAGACAUAACGACUUGCUAUUUUUGUGGUGCUUCUUUUUCAGCUACAAUAGGUGGCAUUGGUACUCUGGUGGGCUCUGCAACUAAUUUAGUUUUCAAAGGACUAUAUGAAAGGGCGUUUCCAUCGGCACCGGAUUAUUUAUCAUUUCCCAAGUAUUCAGCAUUUUCAGUUCCAUUCAUGUUGGUAUUAGAAGCAGGAUUAUAUUUCACAAUGGUUGUGAGAUUUUUUGGAUUUUUAAGGUGA